AUGUCUUCAAAAAAUAAUAAUAAAAAAAAGAAAGUGGUUACUCGACAAAUGCCUGCCCAAGCAACUGCCCAAGCAACUCUAGUUACUCCCAUUUCUCCUUUUACGGAUUUUACUAAUUUUCAAAUAUUUUUGCAACAACAACAACUACACAAUUCUUUUAUGAACUCUCUAACCUUAAACAAAGCAAAUACCGAACAUGAAGAAAUAUCUCUUUUAAGAUCUCCUAUUUAUACAAAUAACAGUCAAGAAAAUUCAUUACCUAUUAUAUUAGAAUCUACUUCCAACACGUCUCCUAUUGCUUCUGGUAAUUUAGAUAAAACAUCUUCCAUUAUUUCUGACACAUUAGAUAAUAAAACAUCUUCCAAUGAUCUUAAUACGUUAAAUAAAUCAACAAAUAGAUGGACAAAAGCAGAAACUCGAAUGCUUAUUGAAGAAGUAGGAAUAAACAACCAGCAUUACAGCGAGUAA